AUGAUCAAGCAACCGGUCUUAGCGGAACUGCAGUAUUUCGUUAAAAGCGUCUCCCUGCUUUACAAGGGUGUGCCGCUAAAGGAUACUGGCGCUUUGGUGAAGAGUGCACUUCACUUGCUAGAGGAUCUUCCUUCGACCAGGGAUGCGGUGUUUGAGUAUUUUACUCUCGUUUUUAAUAAUGCCGUCAAAAUGUACACCCUUAGUGCGGAGAAAAACCUACCCGAUCCUUCAGUGGAUGAUGAGGCGGUGCAGGAGAUACACGAAGCUCUAGAACGGUUGGUAACUACAGGCCCAGCGGCAUGGUGCCCUCUGAUAUCGUCCUGGUGCUUGAAGCUAAUCGGAGAAGUGUGUAAAAAACACUCCCGGCGUCGACCACCGGACAUUCGUGGGUCGUGCAACUUAUGGCUCGGGUGCAGUGCCAUUCGAUACUUGUUAAGUCUUAGUGCUCUAUGCUUCGAGAAGCUGAACGACAGGGAGAUGGACGAGUGUAUCGGAGAGUUACUCACUAUAUAUGGAACGCACACACCAUUCUUCGAUUGGGUCGUUGCGCGUCUGGGCGGAUGUUUUCCGUUGAAGGUAAUCACGAGCAUGUUGACAAUGGGAGUGAAUCGGUUCUCCGGCGAUUUCGAUCAACCAUCUGAGUCCGAAGUUGAAAUUUUGAGUUAUCUCGGUUUGGCACAUGAGCAUGAUUUGCGGUGCGCGCUGAAAUCGACAUUCGAAAAUGAUUUAACUGCAAAGCAGACAGUUCCCUACUUAUUACUGCUGGCGAAGGCGUCAGAAACGAUAUGCCAGGCACUGGUGUCCGUGUUCUUGGAUCUCCAUUCUGAAAAUAGACUGCAAACGAUGAGGGUACAACCCAAAAAUUGGCCUCAAAAUAUCGGUCUCCCAUUUGUGUUGCACACUGUGGCCACGAUGCUACUAAAGAUAAAAAAGCACGCCACGCAGGUCAUAUCUAUUCUAGCCAAGCUGUCCUCCAAGUAUGGCUGGUGUCAGGAGCUUUUGGAAAUCAUGUUCGUCGAACUGGAGACCCUCGUGCUCGAUAAACACUCCGCUCCACUGUUGGAAGAUAUCAUCCGCGACGGGUCGCGGGAUGAGCUGUGGAGCGCGUGUGUCUCCGAUUCUCCCUAUUCGCAGCAAGUAGUGAUAAGAUUAGUUUUAUUAGCUAGCUUCAAAUCAAACUCCGUGUUUCAUCAAUCAAUCGUGUACCUGUUGUCGACGGAAGAUGCUGAUACUAGCUCUAGCUCGAAACCUCACCUGAACGCGCUCGUUCGCUUGCUCACGGGGCCUCACGGUACGAUGGAUGUGCCGAAAGUACGACCCGCUUUUGAAACGGCGUUCGAGAAGGUACUACUUGCUCCGAAUAAACGGAGCGAAUGCUGGAAUAUACUGCACAACGUGGUGGACCUUCUCAAAAUGGAACGAUCCACCAUCCUUGGCAGCUCCCUGCGGAAGGUAAACUGCAUCGGGAUUGUUCACGAAUUGCUCGAUCGCGUGCUAAAGAUUUGGGAGACAUUUCUGGGACAGGAGCGGCAGGACGCGGACAGACCCUUGGGAAGAUCACACACCGAUAAUCGAACCACCUCCAACGGCCAGUACAAAAGAAUUAAAAAUGAAUCACUCCCAUCUGAUGCGAUGGAAACGGCCGAAUGCUCGAACGGACAAGAACAUGCUACACAAAUGGGUCCUUCGAUAUCGACAAACGACCUGAUACAUGAAACAGUGAGAUUGAUCGAGUGUUUGGACAUCGGCAGAAUGGUCACGAUCGGGACGGCUCAAUCGCUUAAGCUUUCCCAGCUGCUGGUGAAAUACUUUUUCCACUGCCUUCAGCUGUCCAUCGAGUGGAACGGUACCGCGACCGGAAUAGUACCAGAAUCGUAUGACGAGUACCUCAACCGGCUGAACUCAUUGCUCACGAAGCAUUGUGGCCACCGGAAAGCCGCCCGGACGGCUGCCUUACGGGAGCUGCUAGAGGGGGCCUUAUUUAUGCACGGGGCUCUGUUCGGUUCGCAGUCCGAAACAGAAGCUUACAGCUUUGAUAAACCGGACGACUUGCUGAUCAAGCUCAACCAGAAACAGGGCAUAGCACUUAACGCGUCGAGGGCAACCGUACUGCAUGCGGGCGUUAUUGGACAAGGACCAAAAAUUCCCAGCAAAGGUGCGAUCGGGCCGGCCUCGCAGAUGCAAAACCAUCUACUAAAUGCGAUCGUGGCCUGUUGCCAGGACGUGAAUGAUCAUCAGGCAACGAUCGAUGGGUUCAGCUACGUGUCCCUGCUCCUGGUGGAGCUGAUUUCGCCCGACGUGAUGUACAAUGGGUUGCCUUGGCCAGAGGAAGAAUUCACCAAGGUGACCAUGGAACGUGAUCUACAAAUUCGACGCACCUUCCGCCAGUCUCCCAUUCUGUGGUCGAUUCUGGGACUAGUCGCGUGCUAUCGACCGUCCUUGUGCUACUGCUCUGUGCUGCUACGUGCGCUUUGCGCUUCUGCCCUGCAUCAGUGGCGCUCGAAAACGGCAGAAACGAUGAACGGACAAAAAACGGAUCUAAUGUACGUGACGACAAAGUUGCUCGAGCUGAUGGCUCUUGCCCAGCUUCUACCGCCUCCGCUAAGCUACAUGCACAUCGUGCUGGAUUAUUUCGAUGGGCCAGAGAUAGCGUACGUCCUUAAGGAAUGUGUGUGGAAUUACAUGAAGGAUCACGUGCCUUCUCCGGUGUUGUUCGUGUGUGAUCCCACUGGUUUCCAUUGGCGCGAUCCGCUCACUUCCAGGCCCCCGCUGCAAUAUACAAACCCCUUGCGGAACACAAUGCAAAAGAAACUCACGAAGGUUGGACACCUGUAUUAUCAGAUGUUUGUCGGGCCGGAGCUGCGAAACCCGACAGCUGGCAACCAACAGCAUCAACAGCAACCAGCACAAACGUUCAUUGGGGGUGCCGGCGAAGAAAUCAAAGGCUGGAGACUGCCUUCAUGA